UCCACCGGUAUAAAAGGGGGUGUGUCUCCUAGAGUCUGCAUCAGUUUCAACAGUGAUCUCCGCAUCGCCGUAUCAUCGUUGUCGCCAUGAACGCCAUACUUCUAUUGACCAUUCUCAGUGUGGCACUGCCCAUUUAUGGUCAGGAAACCACUGCCGCAAAGAGACAGGAUAAAAGAGGUGUCCUGGGGUUGGGUUAUGGAGGUCUCAACGGACUUCAAGGUGGUUUGGGAACUGGAGGCUAUGGUGGUUAUCUCGGUGGUGCGUUGGGCCACGGUAUUUCAACUUACUCCCAAAAUUAUGGCGCACCUUUGUACUCGUCAUAUCGUCUUGGUGCUGGUGGUUUAGGUGGUUUAAAUUACGGCUUAGGAGGAGGAUACGGAGGACUCGGAUAUAACGCUGGAUUAGGAGGAGGACACGGAGGAAUAGGUUACGGGGGAAUAGGAUACGGCGCGAAUCUCGGAUACGGAGCGAGAGGACUCGGAUACGGAGCAGCGGGUCUUGGAUACGGCGCGACAGGAUUGGGAUAUGGUCUCGGUGCUGCUGGCUACGGUACCGGUUAUGGUCACGCAUUGUGAAGACGCGAACAGUAUUAACUGAUGUUGUGAAAUACGUCAACAUGAUCCUUUGGUUUUUGCUACCGGUCCCUCAUUCCUUUUUUACCUAUUAGUCUUCGAGUUUUGUAUUUUGCGAUUUCUAAAUAAAUUUUGUAUUUUUUAA